AUGGAUAAUAAAAGUUUAUUAUAUUUUGGUAAUAUAACUGAUCUUCCUGAAGAAUUAGAUUCCACUCAUAUCAAUUGUAUACUACAUGGUAUGAGUAUCAAUGUUGAUUUUUGUUUUAAAAUUUUUGAAAUAUUUAAAGAUAAUGAUAAAUAUCAUUUAGCAGGUUCUUGUAUAUCGAUAUUUACAAGUAAAUUUUAUUUUAAUUAUUUUUUAUUAAAUACUUAUAAACCAACUAAUUUCAAUUUUUAUAAUGGAUUCGAAUUUGAAAAAUAUAAACAGUUAAUAAUAAAUUUACCAUUUUUAAAAUAUAGUUUAAUAAAUUUGGUUAUUAUACAAAAUAAAAGAUACCUUAAUGAACAAAUAAUUCUGUUUAUUGAUAUACCAGAAUUGAAUAUUUUAAAUACUUCUUCUACUAACAAUAAUUUAACAGUCUACAAAGAUCAAGUGAAUAAAGCUCAAAAUUUAGGAUAUAUGUAUAAAUAUUAUGAUGUUGAAGAGAAUAUAUACUACGAUGAACCAAAAAAAAUUUCAUUAAAACAUAUACCUGAGUAUAAGGAUCACAAAAGAAUUCUUUAUUAUGAUGAAGAUAUAGAAAAUCAAGCUUUAAAACUACUUGAAUAA